AUGUCAACAACAACAACCACACCCUCAAAACGCAAAUCCGACUCCUCCACCCCCAAAACCAUCCACUUCACCUCGCGCACACCAACAUGGACAUAUCUCAAACUCCAAUUAAUAAAUAACCCCCCCACCUCCUCCACAACAUCCACACCCCUCGACCCCCUCACAGCCCGAACCUACCUCUCCGCCGCACUCUCCCAAUUCCUCGGAUUAACGGGAACAUCUAUCCCUAUUGAUAUACUCAAGAUAUCGCCGCCCUCGCCAUCCACAGUAUGGACACGGGUGCCGCGCGAUGAUGCGGCGGCGGUUGUGGCGGCGUUGAGUUCGUGGAUUGGAGGGAGUGCGAAUGCAUCUGGUGGAGGGGGCAGCGUGGCGUGGAGGGUCUGUGCGAAGGGGAAUUAUCUCGGGGCGUUGGUUAAUGGGGGUGGGGGGGAGGUGUUUGUUCCUUGAUUGCUGAUCCUUGAUCUGGGUGUGGAUGAUGAUGAUUUUUAGGGGGAUAUGGGAUGUUUGGGGUGAGAUAGGAUAAUGGAUUAUACGGUUGUGUGAUUGGUUGAGAUAGGCUCUUGGGGGCAGGAAGUAACCUCCGAUUCUAGCGAUUGGGCUGGUGUGCGUAUGGAGGUCUUGCCUUGUUGGUAGCAAGGGUUCUCGUUGGAUAUGAAGGUUGUCUGUGGCAUUCUACAUUAUAUUCAGCCAUGGCGAAGCGAUGGACGAUAUAGCAGGCUGUGCAUAUACCCAGUUAGUUAAGCAAG